AUGGAAAGGUCAUUACAUUUCUCUGAUCAGUUUGUGAUUAGCUGCGGCACAGUCAGCCUCAACCUACACCAAGCGAAAGUGCUGCUCAUCCGGUGGAGGAAAACUGGAGAGGUCUUUCUCCCCAAAGGACGGAAAAAUAUCGGCGAAACAUUGCACGAUGCUGCCACGAGAGAAACAUUUGAAGAGACCGGCUUCCAAGUGACAUGUCUUCCCUUACCCAUCACAACUCUCGCUACCUCGCCAGUGAGUAGUGAGAUAGACACAAGCUCACAGGCUACGACCGAGCCCGUUGCUGUUAGCCAGCGGGUUACGAACAAUCAACUCAAGAUAAUUUACUGGUUUGCCGCAACAGGCGACUCGGAGGCGGUACCAGAAUUGGGGACGCAGCAGACUGGGGAGGACUUUGAGGCUAUCUGGACGGGGAUCGGACAUGUCGGUGAGGUCUUGACUUUCGACGACGACAAGCAGAUUGCCCAAGCUGUCAUUCAUGCCGCGUCACAUUUGAUAAACAUGAAAGUGCGCUAG